CGGUAAUUCAAAGACCUGGUUUCGCUGAUCACUUUCGUUGCCUUGUCAAGCAAGGUAACUUGUUUUUGCACCCAAUUUUUCAAUUAUCUUCUCUUCACUUUUUUCUUCCAUUCGACAUAUUCCCUAACAGUCCACAUACCGCUCACGUUCUCUCUCACAUAUCUGUUUGUUAGGAUCCAAAAUGUCUUUCUUCAACUCUAUAGGGCGGUCAAUGACCAGGGCACCUCGCGGCCCAAAGCGAUCUCCUACCCCAACCUCUUCAACAUUCGCCGCAGCAGACAUGCCUCCUCCUGCAGUGCCUUCAUCUCCGGUCACGUCAUCGCCAAAGCCUUUGUAUCUCUGCAGUCCUUUCGUUGAAGCAGCUUUGGUUAAAGGCAAUUUCAAGACAAUCGUAGUUCUACCGAAGUAUGUGGAUAUUAUGGAGUGGGUUGCUGUGAACGUAUUCGAUUUUUACACAAAUUUGAACGAAUUUUACGGGGUUAUUGCGGAAUGUUGCACUCAGCAGUCUUGCCCGACGAUGUCUGCUGGUUCUGCACUUAAUUACACGUGGAUCAACCAAGAUCGUAAAAGUGUUCAUUUACCGGCGCCAACCUACAUAGAUUACGUCAUGACCUGGGUGCAGAACUUGUUAGACGACGAGAAUGUUUUCCCAACAAAGUCUGGCCACGAUUUCCCACAAUCGUUCCCCUCGACUGUCAAGCAUGUAUACCGUCAGCUUUUACGCGUCUUUGCACACAUAUACCACGCGCACUAUCCCCAGAUUCUUCAUCUCCGAUCUGAGCCGCAUUUCAAUUCACUAUUCGCCCACUUCUUAGCAUUCGGGCGUGAAUAUGAACUUUUGGAUAUCAAAGAUGUGAAGGGUGCAGCAAAUGCUCCGGUAGGUGCUGGAAUGUUAUGGGAGAAGUGGAAGGAGGUAGGAAUCUUGGAAGGAUAAAGAUUCUUUCUGACAUUGAUUAUGACGCUGAUAUUUGCGAUGCUUGGGUAUUGGAUGACUUAACAUCAGUCUGCGACUGUAUCGGAUGAUUUUUUUUGUACUGUGUAUAAUGAUACCACUGUCUAUGUUCGUUAAA